AUGGCUCCUUUCUUCGCAAAGCGAUUGAAGUGUUUCUACUGUGGGUGUCGCUCACCCCAGGCUGACAGAGAGCCCAUCCGCAAAUGGCGUUGUCAACAUUGCGAGGCUAUCAAUUAUUUGGAUGAAAACGGGGAAAUCACCGAUCCCCCUGCUACUGAAACGAAUCCCGCUGUUAACAGCCCUGACGCAUCAACUCCGCCCUUCGAGUCCAACGACUUCACAGGCUCCAGUUUAUUCUGCGACAAAUGUCUCCGCAACCAACACCUCUUCACCAACAAUUUGGCGUCCUACUUCCCGCCUUCCGAUGACCCGAGCUUCGGCGCAUAUGAACGCGAGUAUCCUAAAUUUCGCAAAAACCUAGAGGAGCGGUAUCCCCAGGUUUGCGCCACUUGCGAGCCUCGAGUGAAACAGCGCAUUCGUCAAACCGGAUAUGAGGCUAAAGCAGACCAUUUGAGACGGAUGAUGGACCGGAGUAAGGCUGGGAGGAUGGCAAGAAAAGCACGUCGGUGGAACUGGAGAAGCCUUCUUGUGUGGGCCGGCGCCAUGGGUUACUGGGCUAGUGUUGCCGGUCAACUUAGCUGGAAUAUCUGGAGUGCGUUAGCCGUUGAGGAAACCGAACCACUGCAUGACCCUGACGCCUUAUCUACCUCUCCUUAUUUGGUCGAGUGCGCACGCGAGAUAGUGCAGACCCGUCGGAUACCGAGCUGUUGCGCGAUGGAUUUAGCACCUUAUGCCGGGCUAGCUCUCAUUGUCGGCAUUCUGUCUUUGUGGUGGAACCCCAAGCUACGCUUGAAAGUGGAAGGAAGGGGCGGGCGCUUUGUUGGCCUAGGCGAGUACUAUCAGGUACAGCUCAUUGUUAUGGUGGUGCGAUGUGUCUUCUGGGCGGUUCUCCGAGAACCCUCUUCGAGCGGACUGGAGGCUAAUGUUCCGCCGACUCUACAUUUGUUUAUGCUAUUCUUCACGAUAUUGUCUGUUGCGAUCUCUAGGCGCAUUGUGCGCUAUGACACCCGUCCGCUGGUCGUCUGGAAUGAUGACACCCCCGCAGCCACCCCAAGUCGGAAGACCGAAGCUACUCCAGUACCUAAUUUUGGUAACAACACUGGAAACAGUCGCCGGCUGUUUACAAGUCCUACUGGCGAUCUUCGGCAGCGACCUUCUCGUUUCCCUUUGGACAAGCUUGCUUCUCCACGGACAGCUCCUGAGGAACCAAGCAUUCCAACCCCACCCCCAGAGGCUGACGAUAUGGACUGGACUCCUUCCAUUGUCCAGCGCGAACUUACACCCACCAUUAGUGUCCGUCAGCGAGACAAGAAAUCUGUGCUCAAUGGCGAGCUGCCGUCUUAUGCCCUCCUGCCCGCUGCGCCUAAGCCACCCGCCUGGAAUUUGCGCAGCAAACCCCAAAACGCAAACCCCAUCAACCCCAUUCAACCAGUGGAACGAAAUCCGUUUCAGCGCACCCCUGCACAACCGCCGCAAUGGCAGCGGAACACUAGUGAUGCAGGCGCGGCGUUUGCACCGCCAAAGUUCUUUCCUGUGAGCGAUCAUACUGCGACAACUGGACUUGAGAGCUUGUUUGAUCGGACCUUCACCAUCAAGUCGCCUGAAGAUGGAGAAGACAAUUACUGGCAAGCACACCAAAACCCAAAUGAACACACCCACCAUCCUGUGAAUCUAUGGAGUUAUUUUGUCUACCAAUACCUCCGGCUAGGUCUUCUCAUUGUUUCUCUUGCUGCCUGGACGUUCUCGGAAUACGGUCUACUCUCGCUCCCGGGCAAUUAUGUUGAAAUCGCAUCGUUGGGCAGUGCCAGUCUUAUCGCCGGGUUCGCCCUUUUAGAGGUCAUGAAACGUCCUAUCAUGCAGUGGAAUGGCAUGGAGAUCCUCAUCUGCUUUUCCGAGCUGGCUGCUGCUGUUAACCUUGGGGGCUACCUUCCCCGGGGUUCUUUCCAGCGGCAAUCUUUUGACACAUACGGGAAGUUGCUGUUGGUUUUCAUGACCGCCCAAGAGGCACUGAAUCUGCUGUCACUGUAUCGCCUCGCUGCAGUCCAUGGGUCUAGGUCCCAGCAACAACAGCAACAACAACACCGCCGCAUCGCGUCUCCAGAUGGCCGCGUGCCUGGACCUCAGUCUCCAUCGGUAUUUAAUCACCCUAGCCAGGCCCAGUCGUUUGACAGUCAGCCAUCUAUGCCACCCCUGUCGUUUUCAUCUACUGUUCCUACCUCGAGCUUCUCGGCGCAGUCACCCGCCACGCCCACCCAAUUCGCACCUUCGCCAUAUGACGGCGGAUUUUCCAAAAACCACAGUUUCACUCUGAACAGUCUGAAAGACAACGAGUCCGACGUGUCGGACGCGUUUGACCGUGACUCGGACACUGAAACCACUGUAACAACAGCCACAUCUGCCACCAACAACACAAUUCGAAACAUUCGCUAUGGACGGAACAACGAUUAUAACAGUGACUCGCUGUUCUCGCCCCGACGAUCAGAGCUGGGUCCAGGGAUCGGGGGCCUGAGCUUGGAGGACGAGCCCGGUCGCCGCAUAACGCGCAGUCAAUCGAAGCUCAAG